AUGUUUAUCAUCGUUUUUAUAUCUAUUGCUCAUGCAUAUCCAUCAUCGAUGAGCAAUCGCCCAUGGUUACACGAUCGUCUUGGACAUUAUCCUCAUGGUAUUUAUGACAUAGCACCGGAUAGUGACGACAAUGAUCUGAAUGACAAUGAUCGUAUUCCAACAUGGUUAUUUCGUUCUCGUAAAUUCUGUUGUGCACCACCAUUGUAA